AUGGUUAUCAUUCACAUCUCCCAUCUCUUUGGAUUUUCGUUCCGUACUGACGUUUUCGUUUUCUCUUUUGUUUCCUUUAGGCGUCUUAGCAAAGGAAAGAAGGGUUUGAAGAAGAAGAUUGUUGACCCUUUCACCCGCAAGGACUGGUACGACAUCAAGGCUCCUUCGAUGUUCGAUGUUCGCCAGGUCGGUAAGACCUUGGUCAACCGUACCCAGGGUCUCCGCAACGCCAACGACUCGCUCCAGGGUCGUGUUGUCGAGGUUUCUCUCGGUGAUUUGUCCAAGGAUGAAUCUCGCGCUUUCCGCAAGAUCCAGUUGAAGGUCGAUGAAAUCCAGGGCAAGAACUGUCUCACCAACUUUUACCGCAUGGACAUGACCUCGGAUAAGCUCCGUUCCAUGGUCAAGAAGUGGCAGACCACCAUUGAGGCUUUCGUCGAUGUCAAGACCACCGACGGUUACCUCGUCCGUCUUUUCACCAUUGCCUUCACUGCUCGUCGUCGCAACCAGAUCAAGAAGACCACCUACGCUCAGACUGCUCAGAUCCGUCAGAUCCGCAAGAAGAUGUUCGAGAUCAUGACCGAGGAAGCUGUUGCUUGUGACUUGAAGGAACUCGUCAACAAGGUCACUGGCUCUGUUUCCGCCUCGGCUCAGGACGCCAUUGCUGUCCGUAUCGAGAAGGCCUGUCAAGGUAUCUACCCCUUGCAGAACACCUACACUCGCAAGGUCAAGAUCCUCAAGGCUCCCAAGUUCGAUGUCUCGGCUCUUUUGGCUCUUCACGGUGGUGCCGCCGCUGCCGGUGAUGAAGUCGGUGCCAAGAUCGCCAAGGACUUUGUCGAACCCCCCGUGUUGGAAUCCGUCUAAA